CAAAAUGGCUGCAACUGGAGACGACGCUGCUGCCAUGGAUAGCAUCUCCAGGGCACCAACAACUCAUUCAGCAGCCUUAAACCCUGCCGGAACCUCCAGUGGACAGGGAGAAUGUCCGGUGGAUGCAACUGAAGCUGCUGCAUGUGCACCUAAAAGGCCUCACACUAACAGUGAUGGCGGUGUGGAGACAGCAGAGGAGGCUGUGGAGCCUGCAGAGCCUGAUAUCAAUGAGUUGUGUACUGAUAUGUUUGAAAAAAUGGCCAUCUUCCUGCAAGGAGAACUAACAGGUACUUGCGAGGAUUAUCGUCUUUUGGAGAACAUGAACAAGCUAACCAGCCUGAAAUAUAUGGAAAUGAAGGACAUCAGUAUCAACAUCAGCCGUAACCUGCAGGAUCUUAAUAACAAGUAUGCCAGCCUGCAGCCUUACUUGGACCAAAUAAAUCAGAUUGAAGAACAAGUGUCUGCACUUGAACAAGCUGCUUACAAACUGGAUGCAUACUCCAAGAAACUCGAGGCCAGAUUCAAAAAACUGGAGAAACGAUGAGGAGAGGAAGGGCAGACUGAAAGUUAUGGUGCCUUUUCACCUUCUUUCACCCUGCCUUGCUUUCUUCUCUCUCUGCCAGCGGAGCCAGGAGCUGCAGGGAGGAUGUGAACUGAGACUGAAACAACAAACAGUCAGAGCCACUUUGACACCUAGAAACAGCCGGGAAGGAAGCAGUUGAAGGCAAAUGAAUUAGUGCUGCAGUGCUUGACUUAGAUUUCACUUCAGUAUCACUGUUUUUGACAGCAGUCUUGUCAUUUGGGCAUAUAAGAGAAUACUGUGUGUGUCUAAAGCCUUUUGUAGAUAAACCUCCAGUCCCUUGUUACCAGCAUGAUGGUGGUUAAGUCAUAAAAACAGCGCUACUAACCUGUUUAACAAAAAUUUGCAGCACAUACAGUAGAUAAUUAACAAAAAGCAUGCCUGUAGCUGUGUGUUUUAAUCAUGUCUCAUCCCUCGUUCCCUUUCACUCUAACAGAUUAAAACUGACCUCCCAAGAGUCAGAGUAAUAACAACCUGACGUUUGUUUGUUGCACAUCUGUCAGGGCUGUGUGAACUGCACUAUGUAGCGCUGUUAGAAUAUGUAGUGUGUGCGCGUGUGUAUUCACUUUUACAAUAAGUGAGAUUACUGGCUGCAGUUUGAAACAAAUAUGAGAUUUGAUAUGGAUCAAUUAUUGUCUCAUGUCUUCUAGGAAAAAAACUUUUUAAAUAAACUGAUUAUUUACAUGACAUUAGUUAUUGUUUUCAAUUUUAUGUGUUUUUAAGAAUUUGGAGCUUUGAUUUUUAGUUUAGUUUUCGGGGUAUAUAAGGAACGUUAAGGAACUGACUACUUUUAGUUUAGCUUUUUUUAAUAUUAAUGUUACUUAAAGUUUUUCAGGUAUUAUGAUGAAAGCCUUUUUUAUAGAGGCUGGUGGAAGAUAAAAGAAUACAUGACAUAAAUUAGAAUUUACGAAUAUGUUGCUCAUGAAAGGUCCCAUAUUGUAAAGAGCCAUAAACAUAUGGAAACAAAAAUAUGCUCAUUUUAUAUGCAAUUGUAUUUUGUUUUAGUUUGUGCUGUUCAUUAGAGUUUUUGUGUUUUUUAAAACUUUUGAAAGUGUUUGUAUCAUUGAAUGAAAUACUAUUUCCACCAGUAGUCAUUGUUUCCAUUAAUUCAGUGACCCUGGUUUAUGUGUCUCUAUUAGAACAAGCUGCCUACACAUCUUAGGCUGACUUCCUGACAGCAGAUGGCAGAGCUGCACUUUGAUGUGGGUUUGAUGCAUACUAAAUGUAUCAAAUAUUAUAUACCUCUGGAAAAAGUGAUGGGCUGCAGGCGGGGGUUUGAGUUACAGCCUUCCUAAGAAAAAAAUAACAAAACAAAAAACCCCUGCAAGAGACAGACCAAUAGAUGGAAAUGGAUGACAACAUGGUUGACAAUUCAUAGGAAAGGUUGAAUGUCUGACUAAAGAUGUGUGUGAUGCUCUCUGCCUCCUUUGUUUCCUCCUCUACAUUAGCUGUCUCAGAACACAACCCAGAGCUCUUUUGGCCGUAAGCAACAGAUUAUCUAAACUGAUAGGACCCCCUCCAUGGCUCCCUCCUGUUGGGUUUGUGUGUGUUGGGUCAUGCACAACGUAUGUGUGUGUGUAUGUUUGUGUAAGACCUAAUCUAAAACAGGUCUCUGUCAUUAGUCCAGUUGAGGCCCUGGCGCAGAGGGAGCUCAUUAUUCAUACUGUAACAUUAUUUACUGUUGCACUGUGAUCCUUCCAUCUUCCCCUUUCACUGCCUCUUUCCAGGGCCUUGGGGCAUAAAUUCAACUCCCCUCCCAUAGGCUCUCAAAUCGGGAUUAUUAAAUAAUUUUGAGCUGUUUUUAAAAAGCUAAAUGCGAGUGCCAGGGGAAGUCAAGCGCAGAGUAGAAGGUAACAUACUAAUCAUAGGUAAACCUUUUUUGUAUUAUUCAGUGUUUGGGAAGUACCACAAAUCUGGACCAUACUAUACCAUUACAUAGUUUGGGUGUGGAAAAUGAUUGUGUUUUGGACUGUGUUUAUAUACAUGGUUUUCAACAAAGUCAUUAAAAACAAUACCAUACAUAUAGGAACUUGUAUAUUGUGCAGUUUCUCAAGAAAAUUAUUUUUAUUCUGUUUUUUUAUGAGGUAUUGCCUGCAAAGAAGAGAAAGCACUGAGACAUAAUAAAUACACCAAGCAUC